ACCAUGGAAAACAACACCUCCGUGAAGACUUUUAUUUUAUUGGGCUUCUCUGAAACCCCGCAUUUGCAAAUCCUCUUCUUUGUCAUCUUCCUGUGCAUUUACGUUGCCACAAUCCUUGGCAACCUCGUCAUUAUUGUCAUCAUUAAUGUUGACUCAGCCCUCUCCACUCCCAUGUACUUUUUCCUCAGAAACUUGUCUUUCUUAGAGAUCUGCUACACCUCUGUCACUAUCCCCAAGCUGCUGGAUAAUAUCCUCGCUCUGGACAAAAGCAUCUCCUUGCGUGCCUGUGCCACUCAAAUGUAUUUCUUCCUCUUCUUUGGUGCCACCGAGUGCUGCCUCCUAGCCUUUAUGGCCUACGACCGUUAUGUCGCUAUAUGCAAUCCACUGCGUUACCCGGUCAUCAUGAGAAAGAGAGUGUGCAUUCAGCUGGCCGCCCUCUCGUGGGUCUGUGGCAGUUUAGUGGCUGCAGGCCAUACCACCUUCAUUUUCACCCUUCCCUUCUGCGAUUCCAAUGUCAUCAACCAUUUCUUCUGUGAAAUCCAACCUGUGUUAAAGCUGGUGUGUGGGGACACGUAUUGGAACGAGAUCCAAAUAAUUACGGCAGCUGCCUUUGUUAUCCUCAUGCCCUUCAUGCUGAUCCUAUUGUCCUAUUCCCACAUCAUAGCUACCAUUUUAAGGAUGAAAUCAGCCAAAAGCCGACAGAAGGCUUUCUCCACUUGCUCCUCACACCUUGUUGUGGUCUCAUUAUUCUAUGGCACAGCCAUUUUCAUAUACAUACGCCCCAAAUCCAGUUACUCUCUGAAUGUGGACAAACUCCUCUCUCUUUUCUAUUCAGUUAUUACGCCAAUAUUGAACCCCAUUAUCUACAGUCUGAGGAACAAGGACGUAAAGGGAGCUCUUGGGAAAACAGUGUUAAAGUUAAUGUCUUUAAAAUGA